CCUUACACCUACACAACACACAUUAUUGAACCAGUACGUCUUUACCAGUUGUACGUCGCUGAUUAAACCACACACCGCAGUUUUGAAAUUUUAAUAACGAUGGCGGCUCUGGUGCGAUGUGUGUUGUGGAAAACGGGUCAAGAAAUUUCCUUCAAAUUCAUAAUUCCACUAGACGGCAUUGUGAAACGGGAUUACAGUAAUCAAUUACCGAAAACAGUACAAACGGGACAAAAAAUUGAUUCAUUGGCGAAAUCAUUGGCCAGUAAAGGUUACUUGAGGUCACAGAAGCCCUAUACACCUCCCACAGAUGUCUCCGAGAAAAUUGCCAGCUUGCUAUCAUCUUUCGGCGUUAACAAUAAAACCAAUAAAUUGGAAAUGUCCGAGAAAUUCAACAUCUUGAAAGCAUUUGACGACACCUUCGAUCACUGUGUGCCGAAUUCUCAACUCCAUGAAAUAAACACCAUCGUUGACAUCGUUCAGUUCUACAACACUGAAGUGAAUACGACUCUGCCAUUAGACGCAAUGCAAAGGAUGGACCUGCCCAGCAAUUUGCACAUUCAGAACGAAUAUUUGCGAUUCCAUCCGGAGACGGACACAAUGUUUGGUGGACAGACAGCAUUUCCGAAACGCUCAACAAUUGUAACGGGUCUCAAGUACAAAAAGAAAUACAAGGGCCAUGUGGCCAAGACUUCGUGGCCGUAAAUGUUAGAUUGUUGGGUGGAGACUUUAGUAGAGUUUUGAAUAAAUUUCGUUUUCUAUACGUUGAA